GGUAGUAUCGAUUAUCAUCGAAGCUGCUGCUGGUAACCCGUUGAUUAAUUACAAAGUUACAAAGAUGAAAUUCGUAUUGGGCCUGGUCUUCCUGGUGUCGAUCCUAGUGGCCAUCUCACCUCAACAAUUUCAUCAGCAAAGAAGUGGACAGCCACUUUGGUGGUCGCAGUAUCUCCAGCCGCAAACGACAGAGGCACCCGGCUUUUACUCCGAUCCUCUUGAUGGAAUAAACACUCCAUUUUUCCGCUACUCCAACCCUAUUCAUCAUAUCAGACCCACCGUCAUCUACCCGGAAAAUGAUGAGGAGGAGUCUUAUCGCCAUCAGGAAGUGCUCGACAGGAAACAAUACCACAGCGAUCAGAAUGCAUUAAUAGACGAUCAAUUAAAGCGGCAAUAUCUGUUUUUGAUUGAUCAGCUGAUGUCGGGCCGGCGGCAGAGUGGCGACAGCAAAAUCAGGUCGGGCGGACUGAUUUUACGACCCACGACCACAAUUCCCAGUCAAAUGGCCAUGCCUCGCAUCAAGAAUUACGGGCCAGUUCGCGAUUUGCUGUCGGGAAAUCAAGAGCCAAACGCUCGUUUCUUUUAUCUCGAUGGCAGCAAUUUCCUGUCUAAAACGGUCACCGUCAGUGUCACGUCGACGUGCACUUCCAUCAGUUUCAUUUCGUGCAUUCCCCUAGCUAGUCUCGAUCCGAAUGCCCCUCCCGUCAACUGUCGCCGUAGACGCAGAUUCGCUGAAAUCGAUCAUCACACCGAUCACACCGAUCAGGGCGACAGCCAGUUCCCAGCAGUCAAUCCAACCGCAGUCCAAACUGUGAUGCCAACGAUGGAGCCGCUGAUGCUCCCGCGUGAUUCAAUCCCGACUUGGUCGGUUGAGAUGACCUCGUCGAAAGAAGAGGAGAACGACGAGUCGUCGCAACUAUUCGGAAAACAAUUGAGGAAAGGAAGAUUUUUGAAAUUCAAUUUUCAAAGUUUCCUGACCUACACGACCGUCACGAUUCUCAAGUCGAUCAUCACCAGCACCGUCACUCAGACCUAUCUUCCUGCAGCAAAACUGUCUUGUCUGCCGGCCGGUUACUCUCUCUGCCCCAUCUAACCAGCAGCAAAAGGAAUAGAGGCCUAUUCGAUGAGAAUAGAAGGAAAGAUCAACUUCAGCACUGCUCUCAUAUUACUGAAAUAUUUGUCUUCUGAGUAGUAGCCUAGCUAGGCUAUAGCAUAUGGCAACUGUAUAUGUCAUAUAUAACUAUAAAGGUAGAACAUAUAAUAACCAAGCCUGUUUUCUGCUAUUUAAUUCAUUUGAUAUAUUAUGCACUGGCAUGUCUAUUAUCCUUUCCAUGAAUGAAGUGCAACUAAUUGUGCGAAAAGUGGUCAGCGGUAAAAGUCAGACAAAUCAAUAAGCUUAUUGUUAUUACACUGAAAAUUGACAUUU